AUGUUCUCUUCGGAGAAGAAGGAGGCUAGCAUUGGCGCAAAAUCCGUGCAAGAUGGACCAUACCACUCAUCGAGCCCCAGCUCAAUUUCCCACGAGGAUGUCGAGGGUUCGCCAGUUCCGGGAACGACAGUGCAGCUCAAGCGUAGACUGCAGUCGCGUCAUCUGCAGAUGAUUGCUAUUGGUACGGGAAUCGCGUUCCUGCCUUGUCUCUUCAUCGGUUCUGGAGGCGCACUCGCAAAUGCUGGACCUGCCGGCGCAUUGAUCGCAUACGCCUUUGUCGGUACACUCGUGUACAGCGUCAUGGUCGCCCUGGGCGAAAUGGCCACUUUCCUCCCCGUUUCCGGCGCCUUCACAGCAUACGCAUCCCGCUUCGUCGACCCUAGUCUUGGUUUUGCCAUGGGCUGGAUCUACUGGUUCUCAUGGGCCAUAACGUAUGCGCUCGAGUUGACUGCUAGCGGUUUGAUCAUCCAAUACUGGGACGCCGACCUCAACAUCGGUAUCUUCAUUGGUACAUUCUGGGCUGUCAUUUCGCUCGUCAACUUCCUUCCAGUGUCCUUUUACGGCGAGGUGGAAUUUUACUUCGGAGCUGGCCAACACGGAUACUUGGGCUUCGACACAUGGAAGAACCCUGGCGCCUUUGCUUCCUACAUUGUCAAGGAUAACGAGGCCGUCGCCAAGUUUGUCGGUUUCUGGGCUGUUUUGAUCCAGGCCGGUUUCUCCUACCAAGGAACCGAGCUUGUCGGUAUCGCGGCUGGUGAGACCAGCAACCCUCGCAAGACUGUCCCUGCCGCCAUUAAGAAGACUUUCUACCGUAUCGUCUUCUUCUUCGUCCUGACCAUUUUCUUCAUUGGCCUUCUUGUGCCCCACGACAACCCGGAUCUCGUUUCCGACCACACCGAUGCAUCCGCCUCGCCUUUCGUUAUCGCUGCAAACCUCGCUGGUGUAAAGGUGCUCCCUAGCAUCAUCAACGCCGUCCUCCUCUGCGUCGUCCUCAGCGCCGCAAACUCAAACGUCUACUCUGGCUCCCGUAUCCUCGUCGGUUUGGCCGAGCAGGGCUCCGCACCCAAGUGGAUGGGCCGCACCACCGCCCGCGGCGUCCCUUACUUCGCCGUCGCUUUCACCGCCGCCUUUGGUCUCCUCGGCUUCAUGAACGAAUCCAACUCAGGCGGCCAAGUCUUUAACUGGCUCGUCAACAUCACCGGUGUCGCUGGCUUCAUCACCUGGACCUGCAUCAACAUCUCUCACAUCGCAUUCAUGCGCGCGCUCGCCGCCCGCAAUGUUUCCCGCGACACCCUGCCCUACAAGGCCAUGUGGCAGCCUUUCUUCUCCUGGUACGGCGUCUUUUUCAACGUCUUGAUUAUCCUCACGCAAGGAUUCACGUCGUUUAUGCCCUGGAACACCAGCGAUUUCUUCGUCGCAUAUAUCUCGCUGAUCUUGUUUGCUGUGCUGUAUGGUGGCCACAAACUCGUGUACCGUCAACCUUUUGUCAAGCCAAUCGAGGCUGAUCUCGAUACCGGUCGCAAAGAGAUUGAGGAGAUGCACUUUGAAGAGGUUGAGCCGGUUGGUGCUUGGCAAAAGUUCUGGGCUUGGAUGGGUUAG